UCCAGUAGAUCUUAGCUGUUUCUCUCGAAACCAAAUCCAACCGUUAGAUCUAAAAUAGAAGCGGGUCCCACAUCCACCACCGCGUAUCCGCUGGGCCCACUGGUAGCUGCUCCCCCCAAUCAACGGCCACCAUCCAUCGCAGCGCCCACCAACGGCCCAGAUUCGGCAUCGUCAAAUACAAUGCCACACGUUGAAUCCACCCUAGAUCCCUCAUACACUUCCUCUUUUAUUUCUCUCGCCAGCCGACUUCGCAAGCCUCUUUCUCUCUCUCUCUCCUCUCGAGUCCUCUCUCUCUCUCUCUCAUACCUGGUUUCUUCGACCAGGUAACCCAUAAACUCUUGUGAGGAUUUGAACUCGAGCGGAGAGGCGAUUUUUCUCGCGGAGUCGACAUGAACGGCGGGGAUUUGAACCAGAACCAGGGGCAGAACCAGCAGCAGCAACAGCAGCAGAUUCAGCACCACCAGCAAUGGGUGGCGAUGCAGCAGUACCAGCAGCAGUGGAUGGCGAUGCAGUAUCCGGCCAUGGCGAUGCAGCACAAUAUGAUGUACAAUCAACAUUACGUCCCGUACUACCACCCGCAGCAGCAGCAGCAGCAGUAUCAGCAGCAGCAGCAGCAGCCGACGCAGGGGCAGAAACAGAGCAAUCAGAUUCAGAACGGCGCUGAGGAUAACAAAACGAUCUGGAUUGGAGAUCUCCAGCAGUGGAUGGAUGAAGGCUAUCUCCAGUCGUGCUUUUCUCAAUCUGGAGAGGUUGUCUCAGCGAAGAUAAUACGGAAUAAGCAAACAGGUCACUCUGAGAGAUAUGGAUUCAUCGAGUUCAAUUCUCAUGAAGCUGCAGAGAAAGUUCUGCAGAGCUUCAAUGGAAUCACCAUGCCGAAUACAGAGCAACCAUUUCGCUUAAACUGGGCAGCCUUUAGCACUGGUGAUAGGCGCCCUAACACUGGUGGUGCUGAUAUUGGUUCUGAUCUAUCCAUAUUUGUUGGAGAUUUAGCUUCUGAUGUUACUGAUGCAAUGUUGACCGACACAUUUGCUAGUAGAUAUCCAUCUGUAAAAGGUGCUAAAGUGGUGGUUGAUGCAAAUAGUGGCCGUUCAAAAGGUUAUGGCUUUGUCAGGUUUGGAGAUGAAAAUGAGAGGACUCGAGCCAUGAAUGAAAUGAAUGGUGUUUAUUGUUCUAGCAGACCUAUGCGAAUUGGUGUUGCAACCCCUAAAAAGACAUCACCUCAACAACAACAAUAUUCUUCACAAGCUGUCGUAUUGGCUGGUGGUGGUGGAUAUGCAAAUGGUGUUGUGCCCCAAGGUCAGUCCGAGAGCGACUCAGCUAACACAACAAUAUUUGUGGGAGGACUUGACUCUGAUGUAACUGAUGAAGAGCUGAGACAGUCUUUUACUCCAUUUGGAGAGGUUCUCUCUGUGAAAAUACCAGCUGGAAAGGGAUGUGGUUUUGUUCAAUAUGCAAACAGGAGCAAUGCAGAGGAUGCUAUUCAGAGACUAAACGGGACGGUUAUUGGCAAGCAGACAGUUCGUCUAUCAUGGGGUCGAACUAUGGGUAACAAGCAGUCGAGGAUGGAUGCUAAUGGUCAGUGGAAUGGGGCUUAUUACGGGAGGCAAGGUUACAACGGUUACGGAUAUGCUGCAGCAGGCCCGUCGUAUGGGCCUCCUUCAAAUGGCCAUGGGAACCUCCAGCAGCCUGUCAGCUAAAAGCCACCUCCAUGGGAGCUCUCUUAUUUAUCGGGGAAAAAUGUAUCGAAACCCAGAUGUCUGGGAAAAAAGAAUUUUGUAGCUGGAUUAUAUAUCGCGUGAGACUUGCUUACUUUUCUUUUUCUUUUUCUCUUUUUUUGAACUUAAGUUUGAGAUUUUUACUUUUAAACAGAGACUUAUAAUGACUCUAGUUGUUUUACCUGCUCAUGAUUCAUUCUUUGAGACUUUCGAUAAUGAUGAACAGAAAUUUGUUGUACCA